UUAUCAUCAAUGUUGUCAAUGUUGUUGUUACGAAUCGCAGGAUUUCUCUUAAUUACAGUUACAACCGUUGGAGUGUCUUUGACCUGGAAUCAGCAUGAUGACUCUCAGUUUUUCAAUUGGAAUGCAGCUAACUAUGAAACAGUUUUAACACCGGCUGAUUUCGAGAUGAGUGCCAACCUGAAAACAUUGGAAGACGAUGCUGAUACCAGUGCAAUGUAUAGUAAAGACCGUUUUGAGGGCGAUAUUGCUAUGGACUUAAAUGCAACAACAGUUAAGCUGUUUUUAAACGGUGCAAUAUCAUCAACUGAUCGAAUGUUUAAUGCUGUUAAAAAUCGACAUCAACUAUGGCCAAAUGGACGAAUACCAUACACUAUUAGCAGCCAAUAUAGUGCAUACAGGCUAGCAUAUCGAUCAAUGAUUGCUGCUGCAAUGCAAGAGUACACCAAAUUAACUUGUAUUAAAUGGGUACCGAAAAGUAAUGAAGAUGUUAACUAUGUUUAUAUAAUGCCAGAUCGGGGUUGCUAUUCUAUGGUUGGAAAAACAGGACAGUUUGAAAAAUACGGUCAUGGAACAAUCCAGAUGUUGGGCGUUGAUUACGACUAUGCAUCCGUUAUGCACUACGGUUCAAGAGCUUUCAGUCGCAAUGGUCAACCGACUAUUGUACCGAAAAAAACUAAUGCAGUGAUCGGUCAGCGUUCCGGGUUCAGCAAACUGGAUGCUUUUAAAAUUAAUAAAUUAUACGAGUGCACACCAGGUAUUAAAGCAAAUUUAUUAAGAAAAAAGAUUAAGCUUACCCUAUCUAUUAUUGUAGGAUGGUGUAAACGCAAUCCGUCUUGGAUGAAACAAUUCUGCCCGGAGAGUUGUAGAUUUUGCGAGAAGAAACCAGCUGCUAACUGUGAGGACCUAAGAGUAGACUGCACAAGUUUGGUGCAGUCCAGGUACUGCUUAACUUCCCAGAAUUUUAUGAAAACCUACUGUGCCCGUUCUUGUGGCUUCUGUUUUGCUCCUCCAGCAACCGAAAUCCCUGACACAACUAUAGCAUUAACAACGGCAGCUACUGAAUCUGGACCUGUAACUUUAAAUGUGACGACAACCACCAGCAAGCCAACCCUGUUGCCUCCAUUAGCCACUGUUUGGCCUAUAUUAAAGCCAUGGGUGACACCGGAAAUUAAGACCGUUCAACCACCAACUUUAGUGACCGAAACGACUACGGCAGUAACAUUUUCGUUAUGUCAAGAUUCAAAACAUUUCUGUGCCCAUUGGAAAAACGCUGGAUUUUGUGAAGGGAUUUUCAAGGCGUAUAUGAAGCGUAACUGUGCUCGGUCGUGCAACUUAUGCUAA